GAAGUCUCAGGCGGGAGCCGUUGUUGUGGAAGUCUGGGGGCCAGGGGCGCAGUUUGAGCAGGAAGACCUUCCCUGAUAAAGACAGGGUGCGAGCCCCCCUCCGAAGCCAUUUUGGCCCAAGCGAGCAGCAAAGCUCUCGCGGGUCAGGGCAGGCCGCUCUUCCCUUCUUCAGGCCUGAGCGUCAUCGGAAGCCAUGAGGCUGUCUCUGCCGCUGCUGGGCGUGCCCGUGCCCAAGAAGAGGGUGUCCCGGUUUAUGACCCGGCGCCGCCAUCUCUUGCAGUUCAUUGAUCAUUACAGGUUCCUGUUCAGGGCUCGUCGGGAACACCUUGAUCGCAGGCGAUUGCAGGAGCCGAUGUACGUGGAGGACUACGUGUCUCCUACCUUCCGGUUUCCCGGGUUCUGGCCAGAGUCGUUCGGAUACCAGAAGGGCCGGUCACUGUCGGACAAGAUGCUGGACCCCCCUGCGCCUGGUGCUGGUGGCCGCAAGUCUGACUGAUUGGUGGGCGCAUCGUGCGCUUUCUAGUGAGCCUGUCUAGCACACCACUGCGCCAUUUCCGAAAUUGGCCUCUCAUCAAUCGCAUCAUGCCACCAUUCUCGUCCCGUCUCUGCUGACCCCCCCCCUCCCUCGGCGCGUACCCGUGCCGGCGUGCACGCCGCAGGCCUCCCCCGCGCGCGCGCGACUCGAGCGGCUGCUGCUGGGCGUUCACGGGUCGGAGGAUGCCCAGGAGCUGCACGCCAUGAUCAGACAAACGCAGCGCGUGGCACGCGAAG